AUGGAAGAGGGCAAGCCGACGAAGACUCCUAUGAUUAAUAAUAAAAAAUAUAGUUUGGAUGAUGAAGAAGAAAGGGUGGAUGCUUAUCUCCAUCGCACUUUAGUUGGGAACCUGCUCUAUUUGACAAAUUGUAUACCAUAUAUUUCUCUUGCCACCGGUAUUUUAUCACGUUUCAUCCAAAGUCCUAGUAAACUACAUUAUUGUACUGCUAAGAGAAUAUUGAGAUACUUAAAAGGAACCAGCUCAUUUGGAAUUCGAUAUGGCAGAACUAAUAAUUCUAAUUUGUAUGGGUACUAUGAUAGUGAUUCGGCAGGUUCAAUUGAUGAUCGACAAAGUACGUUAGGUUACAUUUUUACUCUUGGAAGUGGCGCUAUCUCUUGGAGCUCAAAGAAGCAAGCAACUACUGCAUUAUCUUCCGCUGAAGCUGAAUAUACGACUGUAGUAGCAUGUUAA